AUGCUUGGAACAGGUAGUGGCUUGAAGAACAUUGUCCGCUUCACAGUUCAAGUUCUUCGAGGCAGAUGGUUCAUGCUUUUUGCCGCUAUCCUCCUCAUGGGUAGUACUGGUGGGAUUUAUAUUUUCGGAAUUUACUCCAAAGAAAUAAAGAAAACGAUGGGGUACGACCAGACAACCCUAAACUUGCUUGGUUUCUUCAAAGACCUUGGAAGUAGUAUUGGAAUUUUCUCUGGUCUUAUUGCUGAAGUGACUCCAAAUUGGUUUGUUCUACUUGUUGGUACAUCCUUGAACUUUGUUGGAUACUUCAUGGUGUGGAUAAGUAUAAGUGGUCAUAUCUCCAAACCCAACGUUUGGCAGAUGUGCCUGUAUAUUUGCAUUGGUGCCAAUUCUCAGAAUUUUACCCUCACAAGUGUUAUGGUCACCUCAGUAAAGAACUUUCCAGAAAAUCGAGGAACCUUAUUGGGACUGCUAAAGGGAUUCACUGGCUUAAGUGGAGCCGUCAUGAUGCAGCUUUACCUUGCCAUCUAUGGUAACGACUCCAAAUCUCUAAUCCUCUUCAUUGCAUGGUUCCCUGCAGUUAUAUCUCUCUUCUUUGUUUAUGCAAUCCGUUUGAUUGAAGUCGUUCGACAGUCAAGCGUCGAAAGAACAGUAAUUUACAAGUAUCUAUUAAUAUCCGGUGUGCUAGCUUUAUUCAUAAUGGGUAUAACUAUAACUCAGAAUCAAAAAAACUUCUCCCAUGCCGGAUACAUUGUAACUUCAACUGUUGUGUGCAUCCUGCUCUUUAUUCCUCUGGCUAUAUCAAUUAAAGAAGAACUUGUAGUCUGGAAUACAAUAAAGCAAAAUGUUAAACCCCCGAAGGUUAUAACAGUUGAAACUCCAUCUCUUGUCGACUCGAUUCCUCUUCCAUUGACUACGAGACAAUUAGGAAAAGAAGAGAACCAAAAACCAACAGUUUCUUGUUUUUCAGAUGUUUUCAAUCUCCCAGAAAGGGGAGAAGACUAUACCAUCUUGCAGGCAAUACUAAGCAUUGACAUGUUAUUGCUUAUUAUUGUGUCAUUCUGUGGGCUCGGCACUAGUCUCACAGCGAUAGAUAAUUUGGGUCAAAUUGGUGAAUCUCUUGGCUACCCAACACUAACCAUACGUACUUUUGUAUCACUUAUAAGUAUUUGGAACUAUUUUGGAAGAGUUUGUGUCGGUUUUGUCUCUGAAAUUCUCCUCACAAAGUGGAAGUUUCCCAGAACUCUGGUGAUGGCUAUCAUCCUUCUUGCUUCUUGUAUCGGUCACAUUCUUAUCGCCUUUCCGCUUCCUGGUUCUAUCUAUUGUGCAUCGAUAAUGAUUGGUUUUUGCUAUGGUGCACAUAUAACAUUAAUCUACACGGUUAUAUCUGAACUUUUUGGACUCAAACAUUAUUCGACGUUGUAUAACUGCGGCGUGCUAGCGAUGCCUCUCGGAUCUUACGUAUUUAACGUACGAGUUGCAGGUUUUCUGUACGACAGAGAGGCUUUGAAGCAAUUGAAGGUUAUAGGACUUGGUAGAGAUUCAGUGAAGGAAUUAACAUGCAUUGGAAAACAUUGUUACAGGCUAUGUUUUAUUAUAUUAGCAGGAACAACAUUCAUUGGAGCUUUAAGUUCCUUCAUUUUGUUUAUUAGGACAAAAAAAUUCUACCAGGGAGAUAUUUAUAUGAAAUUCCGACUUGAGAAAACCAUGGCUAGCACAGAAGCCGAAAAUACCGAAAUGGUUUCACCGAUAGCCUCUAAUACCAAAUGCAAGGUAUCAAAUUCGUGA